UUUGUUUACCACUGGUAUUAUUCCAUGCAUCACCGAAAAUGAAGUAUCUUCUGAUUAAAAGGAAAGGGGUUCUCGAUUGCAAGUUUGCAACUCAUAACUCAUAAGAUUAACUUAAUAUAAUUUACUUAAUAACUGUUUAAGACUAAUGCUUAGCUUUAGUCUAAACGUUAAGCCUAUGUCUUGUUCAGUACCAAAUUUAAAAAUAAAACAAAGAAAUAGCCCAAACAAGAAAGGCUUCAGGAGAUAUUCCUAACAACACAUAUCUAUGCCUCCAACUCACACACAUGACUUGUUGCUCAUAAAAUUAAUGAAAAUACUUUCUCGAGUGCUUAAGUUCGGUCAUAUAUGCUAUCUAAAACACAGAAAAAUUGUUAUACAUAAAUCAUUACAUUAAUUUUUUUGAUGCCCUUAAUCUUUUAUAUAAAAUUUGACGUCUAUAACUGAUAAUCUUUAAUCUAAAGAUCAGCUCUACAUUGUUGAAUAUAGAGAGAUAUAUUGAUUAUAUGUUCACAAAUCCUCUCAUGGUGAUAUGUGCAACCAAAUAAUCUUAUCACAUUUGGUUCUUGAAACCAGUUAUAUAUGGAAGGUAGUAAUAGAUUACACAAUUGUCAUUUCUUUCUUAUAAUUAGCAUGGUGACUGAUGAGUAGAGCAUCUCCAAACAUAAUACUCUUAUAAAUCAACUUGGUUAUAUACACGAAAUUGAACAAUCUAGAGAUUUCUACUUAACGUGUGUGAUAUUUGCUAAUUAAUUGAUGGGGAUGAUUUGACUCUAUAUCUUUAUGAGCCUAACGUGAAAUUCUUAGUUGGAUUCUUUGAAGCCUAACAAUUAGGAAAACAGCCAAUGACAAACGAUUAAGAGCCAUGCAAUAAUUUUAAUUAAGUGCUCCCUUAUGAAACAUAUGUACAAUAAAACAAAAACCAAGACAACUUGAGCCAAACUUUUGUGUUUAGUUUAAAAAGAGAAAGACAAGUAAAUGAAAAAAGAAGACAAGAAUGACUCACUCUCCUGCAAUACCAAUAUAAAAUGGGGGGUUUGCAUGAAGGAACAAACAUCAAAACAAACCUUAAACUAGCAAAAGAGUGAAAGAGAUCAGGACGAGAGAAGUGAAGAAUGGUGUUCAUCAAAGUUCAUCAACUUGCUUUUCUCUUUGGUCUUUUGGGCAACAUUGUGUCUUUUGGGGUUUUCUUGUCUCCAGUGCCAACGUUCUAUGGGAUAUACAAGAAGAAAUCAUCAAAAGGGUUUCAGUCGAUACCAUACAUAUGUGCACUUGCAAGUGCAACUCUUCUUCUCUUCUACGGAAUAAUGAAGACACAUGCCUAUCUCAUCAUUAGCAUCAACACCUUUGGAUGUUUCAUUGAAAUCUCCUACUUGUUUCUCUAUAUCAUUUACGCACCACGAGAGGCCAGGAUAUUCACGUUGAAGUUGAUAUUGAUAUGCAACAUAGGUGGACUUGGUCUCUUGAUUCUUCUCGUUGAUCUUUUGAUUCCAAAACAACACCGAGUCUCAACCGUUGGAUGGGUUUGUGCUGCUUACAGUCUCGCCGUCUUUGCUUCUCCCUUAAGCGUUAUGAGGAAGGUGAUAAGGACAAAGAGUGUGGAAUACAUGCCGCUUCUUCUCUCCUUGUCUCUCACUCUUAACGCCGUCAUGUGGUUCUUCUAUGGCCUUCUUAUCGAGGACAAGUUCAUUGCUAUGCCAAACAUUCUUGGAUUUUUGUUCGGUAUAGCUCAGAUGAUACUAUACAUGAUGUAUCACGAUUCGAAGAAAACGGAUUUGCCAAAACUCACAUCUACAGAGAAUCAACCAACAAAUAUAACCAAUCUGAACGAAGUUGCGAUCGUGGCCGUUGAAUUGUCUGAUGCUAGGGCAGAAAACGUUGAAGGAUCGGUGAGGCCUAUGACUCCAAACUCAAGCACCACGGCUUAAAAGGAGAAACAUAACUUGACCUUGAGUUGAGGCCUAUGAAGCCUAUGAAGACUCUUUAUCUUACGUAGGAAAAAAUAAACUUCAAAUCAAAAUGCUUAGUUUGUUUGAGUUGGUCUAACCAAACAGAUGUUCUAUCAGUUUGAUCAUAACUUAACCUUGAUAAAUUACAGUCUCUACUGAAGUAUCACUUUAAAUAAUAUUCUGUCUAAUCCUAAAUAAUUGUUUUCUCAACAUUUUGCAUAUAUGAAAGAAGAGAAUCAAAUUUUGGUAAAUACAACAUUUGUAUGAUUACUAUUUUCAGUAAUAUUAAACCAAUAUUAACGAAAUAAAUAUUAGCAUUUGGAACCGCUAGAAACAAUAUAUCAUUUAAUUUGUGGUUGGUCUACCAAUAUAGUAGUACCAAUAUCUUACUUCAUUGUCUAUAUACACGUGUGGAUAGCUCAUA